AUGUCUCAAUCCGCUUGGGUAGCCUCGCUAUCUCGACACAAGGCACGACUUGAUCCUGCAGAAUACGCAACUUUGAUGAAAACACCAGACUGGACAGCUUUUCAUGGGAAGUUGGAUGUGCUCUGUGAAAGAUAUCGUAGCCGUGGAUUCAACAAAUACAUCGAAAAGCUGGAUCCCCUGUUUCGAACACUUGAAACAUUCAAUGUUGUUAUUUCUACAAUGAUUCAGUCUGACCCUACUGUAGCCGCUUUGAUCUGGGGUGGAUUGCUGGCAAUAUUGACGCUGGCCAAGUUAGCAAAACAGAACUUGAGCGAGAUAAGCAGGAUCUUGUCUCGCAUGAAAGAUUCCUUUCCUCGAUUCGAACGAUACCUGAAACUAUUUCCCUCCAGUGAUCAACUCAAAUCGAUCGUGCAUGAGCUUUACGAUACGUACGUUGAGUUUCUUCUUGAUGCAAGAGACUUUCUCAAGAAGAACUCCCUCGGAAACCUGUUGAAGCCCCUUCUCCCAUUGCCCUCCAACUUCCGAAAACAAACAGAAGACGCAGUCUCCAAGAUUGAAGAGUAUAGCCACCAGUUCCAAUCGGAAACAGCAGUCUGUACUGCAGAAUUAACGGUGGACAUUCAUCGACUUGUGGAAAAUCAGCCCGGCCGAUUAACAAACACUUUUAUUUUAGCGCAGAGUACAAUCAUGCUUCCUCGCAACGACCAAUUCUUCGGUCGCGACUACUUACUUGACGAACUUGCCUCAAAGCUGAAAACUUUUAUCGUGCAUACUCAAGCUCUGAAACCCCAAACCAGACAAACAUCGUGUACUCUCCAUGGACUAGGAGGCUCGGGGAAGACAUCUAUUGCAUUGGAAUAUGCGUACAGAUACAGUGCGGACUACAAACAUACGUUCUGGGUGAGAGCGGAGUCUGCUGCUGAGCUUGAGGAAACUUACAGCCUGAUUGCGGAUAAGAUUCUCAAUUCUGGUGUUGCUCAUCUUCAGCAGAGUCUGAAGGCUAAGGCUUCCCGAGACUGGCUCUCAUCUACGGAAGAAAGCUGGCUUCUUAUCUUUGACAAUAUUGAUGAUGUUAAUCUUCUUCGAAAAUACCUUCCUUGCAGCACACACGGGGCUGUCAUCUUGACUACGCAGUCUUCAGACUUUCAGCAAAUGACAACCUCAAGUAUACACGUACAAGGAUUUGUCAAUAAGAAAGAGGGUGCAGCAAUGUUCAAGCACUAUCUAGCAAACAAACAACCUGAGCCUGAGCUGACAGAAACCAUAUCAGAGCUUGUUGGGGGACUCCCCUUGGCACUCGCCCAUAUUGCAGGUUUUGUGAACCAAACCAACUGCUCACUGACUGAAUUCUUGAAGGCCUUUGAGAAGAGAAACGAGGGCGCCAGGAUUUGGUCCAGCGAAAGGUCAACCACAACAUAUCAAUAUGAGGGAUCUCUUGACGCUGUCUUUGACGUGGCCCUUGGUGCACUUGAUAACAAAACCCGAACACUGCUAGAAUGUCUGGCUUUUCUAGAUCCAAAUGGAGUUCCUGAAGAUAUGAUCUUCAAGGAGCAUUGCGACGAAUGUCUUAGCUUUCUUGAUGAUGCAACUGGCAUUGGGUCUCUAGAGAUAAGAAGGAAGCUUACAUCUCGACACUUGGUAGAAGUUCAGACUGCAAGACCAAUGGCGGCCACCAACCUGACACACCCAUCAAUUGCAACUGUGCCCGCACUAAUCGUGCAUCGGUCUCUUCAAAAGAACCUUCUCUACAAGCUGAACGCAGACGAAGGAAAGAGGCAAUGUCGAUUUACCCAAGCUUUCAAGCUAGUUCGAGGUGUCGUGCCAAAGCAGUCGCCCUACCGAGCUCCUAUAAAUCACCUGUGGCCCAUCUACGAAAAGUACAUGCCUAAUUUCCGAGCUCUGCUCCACCAAUUCUCUAUUUCGGAGGAGGGAUCCAUUCAGCCCACCCUCGAGCUUGCAGAACUCAUCUCUGACGCGUGCAAUUAUCUCUGGGAGCGCAACAUAACCACUGGCUCCAUUGCGAUGAUUCAAAUUGCGGAGGAUAUAUGUGAAACGAUUCUGUCUACAGAUGAUCCAAACCCCAUAUUCACAGGUAUAUUAGCCGUGAAAGCCUCAUUCGAGCUUCAUACCGGACCAGACGGGCGAAAAAGCUGCCUGAAAACGAUGCGGCGAGCUCUUGAUCGUCGCCGCCGCUACAUCGACAUGCUCGACCACGUAGCGAUGGAAGAUGGUCUCCUACUCGGGAGUGCCUACAACAAUUACGCAUGGGCAUGCAUGGACAGUGAUGAUUUCGAGACAGCCAAUGGCCUACUCACCAAGUCGAUGGAAGCCAAAGAGAAGUAUGCCGACGAGAAAACUGCAGUGUUUCCUUUCGCCGAAGGCUAUAAGAACCUCGCCCAUAUUUCUUUACAUCAAGGUAAUUCUCAAUCUGCAAUGGACUAUAUCAGCAAAGGAAGACGGAUGAUGGAGGACUGGGCAGGACCAGAGAAAGGCUCUACCUUGCUUUUCUCAUUCAUAUUUGCGAAUAUGCUUUUCUGCACAGGAAAGCUGCACGAAGCACUUCAUGAGCAUCUUAUCACCCUACGGGGAAGAGAGAAUAUCCUAGGCCCGAAGAAUCCACGCACCCUUGAUAGUCACCAUGCUGUUGCAGUCGUAUAUCACGAGCUUGGACAGAAGGAGCCUGCCUCAUUCCACCUCGAGCUUGCUCUAUUAGAGCGAGACACCUGGUACCCGAUGAAUGUGGCGAGGAGCUUGUAUCGUCUCUCCUUGAUACGAAAAGAACAGAGUCGUCUUGAUGAAGCCAUGGACUAUGAAAACGAGGCGCUUAGUGUACGUGGGUCUCUUGAAAUCGUUAAAGAGGGCGAGGUUUCGUUUCCUUCCAGCACUGUCGCCGAUGAGUUGAUUCGAUUCGAUUCACUUGUUGCACUGUCUUCUGGUCGGAUGUUUGGCAAAUUGAACGUUUGCAAUCAAGCCAGAGCUAAACCCCGGAUCUAG